ACGCGGGGUCAUGCGAUACUUACCAACGUGGAUCCAUAAAUUAAUGGUGGGCUCGACAUCUACACACGAGUCCUGAUUGGUCGCCGCGUCCGACCGAGAUAAACAUGGACCAGGGUAUAUAUAUAUAUAUUGUGGCAAGAUGUAAGUCAUCUAAGAGAAACUUCAGGAACACUUUUACGCACGACAUUUUACGCACGCAUAAAGAUGAGGACGCAGAUCAAGAAGGCUCCACAGAUUCUGGAGCUGCUGAAGAAGAAGCCUGUUGGGCUUCAGCAGUGUAAGACCACAACAUCUGUAUGUGUGCUGGACUCGAAGGAUGCUGUGCCGAGCGCGCCCUGCCCUCACAGCCUCCAGUCCAUUCCUGGACCAACUAACUGGCCGGUGUUCGGCAGCCUCAUCGAGCUCUUGCGGAGAGGAGGUUUAAGGAGACAACACGAGGCGCUGAUCGAUUACCAUAAGAAGUUCGGAAAGAUCUUCCGGAUGAAACUCGGAUCGUUUGAGUCGGUUCACAUCGGCUCUCCGUGUUUAUUAGAGGCGCUUUACCGCAAAGAGAGCAGCUAUCCUCAGAGACUGGAGAUCAAACCCUGGAAAGCUUACAGAGAUAUGAGAGACGAGGCGUAUGGGCUGCUGAUAUUGGAAGGGAAAGACUGGCAGCGCGUGCGCAGCGCAUUUCAACAGAAGUUAAUGAAGCCAAGUGAAGUCAUGAAGCUGGACGGCAAGAUCAAUGAAGUUUCGGCAGAUUUGAUAAAGAGGAUUGGAAACGCUCAUGUCAACGGACAGAUCAAUGAUUUGUAUUGUGAACUCAACAAGUGGUCUUUUGAAACUAUUUGCUAUGUGCUCUAUGACAAACGCUUUGGUCUCCUGCAAGAAAGCAUCAGCGAGGAAGCCAUGAAUUUUAUCGCGGCAAUAAAGACGAUGAUGAGCACCUUUGGAACCAUGAUGGUGACGCCUGUGGAGCUCCACAAAAGCCUGAACACGAAAACAUGGCAGGACCACACGGCGGCCUGGGACUGUAUUUUUAGCACAGCAAAACUUUACAUUGACAAGAAGUUGAAUGGACAGUCAGAUGGAAAAGGCGAAGAUUUCCUCUGUGACAUCUACCAUCAGAAUCACCUCACAAAGAAAGAGCUGGUUGCUGCCACAACAGAGCUCCAGGUCGGAGGAGUGGAGACGACAGCCAAUAGCAUGUUGUGGGCUAUUUUCAACCUCUCGCGCAAUCCCUGCGAACAAGGAAAACUUCUGAAGGAGAUCCGAGACGUGGUUCCCGCCGGAGAGACGCCGUGUGCUGAACACAUCAAGAAUAUGCCUUACCUCAAAGCCUGUCUGAAGGAGUCUAUGAGACUUACACCCUCCAUCCCCUUCACCAGCCGAACUUUAGACAAAGACACCGUGCUGGGCGAUUAUACUUUACCCAAGGGCACGGUUCUGAUGAUCAACAGUCAGGCCUUGGGUUCCAACGAGGAAUAUUUUGACAAUGGAAAGCAGUUCAGACCCGAACGCUGGCUUCAGGAGAAGAACUCCAUCAACCCGUUCACUCACGUGCCCUUCGGCAUCGGAAAGAGAAUGUGCAUCGGCCGGCGUCUUGCCGAACUGCAGAUACAGUUGGGUUUGUGUUGGAUUCUGCGUGACUAUGAGAUUGUGGCCACAGAUCAAGAGCCAGUUGAAGCGUUGCAUUCUGGGACACUGGUUCCCAGUCGAGAACUUCCAGUUGCUUUUAUUCCCCGAUGAGAUUACCGAUAUUACCUCAACGGAUGACGGAUCUACACCGCCUUUAUGCUGCAGUCCAAUAGAAUGUAUCAGACCUUUUACAUAUACCUCAUACCAUAAAAUAUAUAGUUUUUACCAUAGUAAAAAUAUUUUAAUGUAGUUAAUAUGAUUCUUAUAUUUAUUAGCGUUUAAGUAAAAUAUUUAAAGUUGUAUUUUAAAAAUCGCUGCUAAACUUUAAAUUAUCGUUCCAUGUACAGUCUGUAACAUUUUGUAUAACUUUUUUUUAAUAGAAAACAUUCAGUAGAAAUGUUGUACAUAAACAAUUUUAUUUAAAUGAGCGGGAGAAAAAAGUGUUUAUUGUAUUGUUUGAGAAGUAAAGUUUGUUUAUAAAAGAGUCUGAGGAUUAAACCUCAAACCACAGUUUGGUUUCUGAAUAAAACAUGUUCUGAUA